CAGAAAGUAAACAAGCAUACUGUCGCGAUAUCAUACUGAGGAAUGAAGAUACGACUCGAAAGUCAAUCGUCAGUGAAUUAUUAAACCGUCUGUGUAGUAAAAAGAAGGGGUGGUAAGUUAAUGUAACAGUAGUGCCGAUGCGAAGCUUAAAUGAACUUGCUUCCUUAUGUGACACUUAUAUAUAUUUAACUUAAAAAGAAGCCCACUGUGAUCUGUCUUCGGAAUGUACCGCAGCGUGUUUAUGGUGGCCGAGAAGCCAUCGCUAGCUCAGUCACUAGCGAAUAUAUUAUCAAAUGGCAGCUGCAAAACGCGCAAGACGAUCAAUGGCGCCUGUUCUGUACAUGAGUGGUCCGGAUCUUUCUUAGGCUCGAACGGAGCGCGCUUCAAAAUGACAGCUGUGUGCGGGCACAUCAUGACAACUGAUUUUCCCUGUAUAUAUAACCAUUGGGAUAGAGUGGAUCCCGCUGAACUAUUUCUUAUACCUGUAGAAAAGAAAGAAGCGUCUCCAAAAUUGCAAAUGCCAAGGAUGCUUGCUAAAGAAGCUACUAAUUGUGACACGGUGGUUUUGUGGCUUGAUUGUGACAAAGAAGGCGAAAAUAUAUGCUUCGAAAUAUUGGAUGCAAUCCAGGGAAGCAUCAAACGAGGAGCAUCGAUUUUCCGAGCAAGGUUUAGUUCUAUUACGGAGAAGGAUGUCAAAGCCGCGAUGAACAACCUCGGCAAGCCGAAUGAGAACGAGGCACGAUCAGUGGACGCACGCCAAGAGCUCGACCUGCGAAUCGGCUGUGCUUUCACGCGCUUCCAAACUAAAUAUUUUCAAAAUAAAUAUGGAAACCUUGACUCAUCACUUAUUUCGUAUGGCCCUUGCCAAACACCAACGCUCGGAUUUUGUGUUGAACGUCAUGACAAAAUCCAGUCAUUUAAACCGGAAAACUACUGGGUACUUAGCGUGCAAGUGAAGCUCCCCAAUGGCAGCAUAGUGGUUCCUGAGUGGGACAGGGGCCGUAUCUUCGACCAGGAAGUGGCUUGCCUGUGUUUGACUAUGGCUAAGGUGUCACAACAUGCAAAGGUGCUAUCAGUUCAAAAUAAUGAUAGAAGCAAGCAGAGACCUCUGGCGUUGAACACAAUCGAACUGAUGCGUGCAGCCAGCGCAGGACUCGGAAUGGGUCCCCAUCACGCUAUGCUUUUAGCGGAGAAAUUAUAUAUGCAAGGCUACAUAUCAUAUCCACGUACUGAAACGACGUCGUACCCAGAAAACAUGGACCUAAGAGGAACCGUGAUUAUGUUAAAAAAUGUCAACGAUGUGUCAAGCUAUGUGCAGCAGUUGCUAACGCAAGGCAUAAAUAAGCCGCGCAAGGGUACCGAUGUAGGUGAUCAUCCUCCAAUCACCCCCACUCGAGCUGCCAAUAGGGGAGAUUUGGAUGGCGAAAGCUGGCGUCUCUAUGAAUACAUCGUAGCGCACUUUCUUGGUACAUUAAGCAAGGACCUAAAGUAUCGCCAUUUGCAAGCAGAACUUCAGAUCGGAUCAGAGCAUUUCACGUUAACUACGAAAAAGACUACUGAUCCUGGCUAUACGGCUAUUAUGACUUGGCAGUCAGUGUCCUCAGAUGGCGCAGACUCACAGUUUAAUUUAACACCGGGUUCACAGCUUGAGGUCGUUUCGAUUAAGUUAGACGACAAACAAACAUCUCCACCAGACUACCUGACGGAAUCUGAGCUGAUUGGCCUUAUGGACAAACACGGGAUUGGCACGGACGCUAGUAUCUCUACUCACAUUAACAACAUUUGUCAACGUCAUUACGUUACGAUUGAAAGCGGCCGAAAACUCAAGCCCACUAACCUUGGAAUCGUGUUAAUCCACGGUUAUCAGACUAUAGAUAAGGACCUUUGCCUACCGUGGAUGAGAGCGGCUGUAGAGGAACAGCUGAACUUAAUUGCUACAGGUCAUGCUAACUUUGAUGCCGUUUUGCGACACACGUUAACAGUGUUUCAACUUAAAUUCCACUACUUUGUAGCUACAAUGCCUGCUAUGGACGGUCUCUUGGAAUGUACAUUUAGUCCGCUUAGCGCAUCAGGCAAGCCGAUCUCACGCUGCGGCAAAUGCAGGCGAUACAUGAAGUUAGUAAACAGCAAACCGACCCGGUUGCAUUGCCCAGCUUGCGAUGAGACGCUCUCCCUUCCGCAAAAUGGUGGGGUACGCAUGUUUCGGGAACUAAAAUGUCCCCUGGACGAGUAUGAAUUAUUGCAAUGGUCGGGUGGAAUCAGGUGCAAGUCAUUUAUUUUCUGCCCAUAUUGCUAUAAUCACCCCCCUUUCAGGGAUACUAAAAAGAACUCUGGUUGCAACGCCUGUACGCAUCCUACCUGCCCGCAUAGUAUGAUGUCGAACGGUAUCUGUGGAUGCCCUGAAUGUGCAGCCGGCGUACUCGUUCUUGAUCCAGCAUCCGCACCGAAGUGGAAAAUUGCCUGUAAUCGCUGCGAAGUUCUUGUCAGCUGUUUUGAGGAUGCUUGUCGUGUUACCGUCGAAGAAGAGCGAUGUGAGACUUGUGAUUCCCAGGUCGUGACUGUUGAAUAUAAAAGCCUUGAGCGCACUCGACUUAGUGGAGCUUUGCAGGAAGCCACAGGUUGCGUAUUUUGUGAUCCAGUACUGACCCCGUUGGUGGAAAAAAAAAUGGCGUUGAAACCACGCAUUAUUCGCAAUCGACCCUCACGACCCGCUGGCUCUAAAGGAAAAUCUAAAAAAAAACCAAAACCCAAAGACAAGAUGGCGCAGCUUGCCGCUUACUUUGUCUAGCGCCCCAAUUGUAGAGAAUAUUCUUAAAACAAUAGAGAUCUCCCAACGAAGAUUUACGAUGUAACAUCGGAAAAUUAGUAAUUAUUUCUUUUUUUUUUGUGGGAAUUUAAAUUAUUAUAACAUCAUCACAAAGUUGGUCUACUCUAAAGAUAAAAGUUCCACCGAAUGAUCACACGUAAACAGUCUAUUCGUCUUGAAUGACUUAGAACUGACCAGAAUCGCUGACCGAAUCCUGAGUAAUUAAGCUAAAUUUAUAUAGUUGACCACAUAGCGAAUUCGAGCUAGCUCUAUUUUCCCUAUCGUCGAAAAUAUUAUUACAUUUAAGCGAAAACCCUAUUGUGGCUACAGAGUUUAUAUAAAAAAGAAAAACAUUAAUUUAUUAUGCAUAACAUAAGUAGAACGUGUCUGUUAUUAAGAGUUAGCUGUAUGUAAAGUGCCGAUCAAAAAUUUUUCACCGUUUGCAAUGUUGACAUGCCAGAGUCCUAAAACCAUGCUGAACAUACAGAAUCACACUAUGCCUUCAUACAUCACUAAUUAAACGGUGACGUAGGUGGCGCGCUAGUAGUGUCCUUAUAGACAAAGGCUUAUUUCUCCGCCAAAAUACCAAAUAGUUUCGAAAUUUGCAUUUUUGGAGCACCCGAAUUUACCGUGACUCACAAGUCCGACUACCAGUAGGUCUGUGGAUUUAUUAAACAAAGUCGUAACACGCAGUUUCUUCGAACGAAGAUAACCAGUGACUGUUCGGGUGGAAGCCUACUGUAAAGGUCAUACUUCUGUAUAUAUGAUAUACUACGAGUCUAAAAAAGCAUGUAUUUCUGAGUAUACAUCUGUAUAUGGUGGCGUUUGUAGCGUUUUCGGUUUAGACGUUAUCCGGAGGAUUGAAGCAUACCAAUGCGAGUGCCUUAUAUAUACCAUUUUAAGAAAAUAACAAACGUCCUUACAAAGUAAUAGGUUUUCCAAAAGUUCAAUAGCUUAAAACACUCAAUAUGUCUAGUCACUGAGUAUCUUUGCACGUGGGAGUUCCGUUUGAUAAAACUGUUUGGUAGGUCCACAGAUCUAAACGCAGGACAAAAUGUAUGUACCAGAUUGCAUACUGGUGCUGCGAGUAUACAAGAAAUGGGAUGAUGGAGUUCGGUCUUUUGGGUAAGGGGUAAAACAUAUGGUGUUAUUUAUGAUCAUGAUACACAAAAAAGCGUUUUACUAUUCACCAAGUAAAAAUAAAACCGAUGGGGCAAAAUAUAAUUGUAUUGAUUUCUAUGCAGCAUGUCUUUACCUCAUUUAAGUUAGACUCAAAUAUAUAUUAUUCCUUUUUCGUUGGUACCAAAUUCAUUAUGCAAAAACGGCUCUCUCUUUCCCUUUAUAUAUAUAUCGCUGUUAAAACUAGUGCUAAGUGUCACCUAUUGCUAUUUUUUCGGCAACUGAUACCUCCCUAUUGAUUCUUUCUACUAUUUAUUUCUACUAUUGAUUCUUUAGACUGCAUUAUGUAGCUAUUCCAGUAUCAUCAAUACUCGCUGCUUGCAUUACGUUCGGGCAUAUAUCGCAACGUAUGGCCCUGUAUUCUCGCAUUCAUUAGUGCUUUCGAGUAGUGGCGACCCUAUAGUGUGUAGUGCAAGUCUGUUUAUGUUGUCAUUAGUAGCUAAUGAUGUAGUAGAUCAUUUACUUUGAAACGUGAUAACGUACUUUUUCACUUCUUUAUAGGUUAACCUACAACUUUAUAAUAUAAUAAUAAAGAUAAGUAUAAUUUCUGACUUCCUGCCAUUUAAAGGUAACUUAUUCUUUCUGCAGCUAUAAAAGCCAGAGGUUUAAGAGUUCACGAAGCCCAUAAGCAAUUUUAACACGUUCGGAUUUGAAUAAUUUUCUAACGUCAGUAUUUAAAAAAAUAACAAUUAAAAAAAUAACAAUCAUGAUUUUUUUUAAUCGUUAAUAGCAUACUUUAGCAGUUUUUGUAAGUAAGAAUCUAAAGCCGGUGAUAAUACCUGCAUUAGACAAUCAUAAGUUUUCGCAACUGUACAUCUGUUUUAGGGUAAUGUCCUGCCGGUUUAGUUGCAUCCAGCCAUCGUUUGCAGUCACCGUAAAAGAUAAAUUUUUCAUAGUAGAUCUGCAAUUCGAAUGAAUUGUAUCGUGAAGCAAAGGGAAGUAAGCGUCUUCUCGUUCUGUUUGGCCAUCAUUCAAAUUAUGCUCGCCUAUUUGUUAAAUAUUUUUAUCACCGAGGUGGACAAAUAUGCUAUUUUUUUUAUAUAUCCCAAACCUAAGUGCUAACUCCAAAGCAUUUUGGGAUGGGUAUACUUCCAUUACAGUUCUUAAAUUGUUGUUAUGCACCUUCGCAGAAAUAUUAGAUUUUCGAGUAUUAAAUUUCUUUUCCGAAAUAUUUUUAACAAACCCUCAAGGUGUUUCUAGUCGUAAAACCUUAACUUGCUUUAUACGGCUGUUUAUAUUGCAGAUAGUCAUACAUAAUCCUAAUGCAUUAUUUGAUUAAAAAUGAGCUCACUAUGUUACAUCGUCACAAACGUCCUAAUUCUUCUAUAUAUUAAAACAGAUUGGCUAAACUUUUUCGUUCGCUGGCAUGAACGAGCACUUUAGAGCCAUUCUUACCCUUAUAUAGCCCUAUACGUGUAUUUAUUCAUAUAUGUUAUACUAUGUUAUUUCACCGAUGGCGAUAUAUAUACACAUGGAGAGAAAGGGAGAGCUUGUUGUUCGUAUAUAUGUAUAUAAUCUUUAACUGCUCAACAAAUCUGUUGAAAGCACACAUGGUUAGCAUAUUUUGUUUAGACCUUUCUGCGCUUGACACUGACAUAUAUUCGUUAAAUUCAAUAUAA